AUGCGAUUCUGGGAUGUCGAUUCCGAUGCGGGAGAGCGACAUCCGUCAUCACCCAGCUGGACUGGAGGCGUUUCAUCCGGACUUUGCGUCGUGCUGGUACUCUUCAUCGGUCUUGGUGCCCACAGCAGCAAGAAUGCACUGGCCCCUGCAGCACCGCUUCUGGAAGCGGAGGGAAUGUCGGCGCUGCUGUACUCGAUGAUCGCUGCCUCCCCACAGCUGGGCGCAAUCGUUGCACCAGUCUUGUGGGGAAUGGCCUACACUUGGUCCGAACGCCUGGUCCAAGUCCUCGUCCCGUUGGGCGAUUUUCUCGGGCAGCUGGUGCUCGUGGCCGGGUUAGAGUUGUGGGCGGCCAAUGCUGCACCGCAUCUGACCGAGAUGGUGCUGGCCUGCGGCCUCGUGAUUUUUAGUAUCGCUCGUGCUGGCGUCGGCGUUGUGCAGCAUGCUGCGAUGGCGCGCCUACUUUUAGGGAAGAGGCUUCUCUUGAGUUUCGUGGUCAUGAUCUUCUUCGGGCAUGUCGUCGUGGCGAUAUGCAACUGGACAGUUCCGCGAGUUCUGGACAGGUCCGGAUUGAUAGGCCUGCAAAUUACCCUUCUGUUGCCGAAUGCAGUCUCCGUCUUCGCGGCCUCCUGCUUGGCCUGCUGCUGGGGGCGGGAGCCGGUGCCGCGCUCUCCGAUGCGAACUUUGAGUCCAAGUCCCAGCAUAUUGAGCUUUCCGCUCCUCGACGAGGAUGACCCGGAAGCGGAGAUUGAGCAAGAGAUUGCUCAAAAGUCUCCAGGACGCGUGUGGGCGCUUCCCUGCACCAUGUCUGCGUCCUAUGAUUGCUGCGGCAACUGCGGACACGAGAAGCUGCAGUCGGAGAAGGCGAUCUGGCUGCUGGGCACAUGGCGCGGUCUGCUGCUGGGAGUGCUUCACGCGUUCCAGUCAUUCACCAACGACUUGCUAGUUUCCACAGGCAGGAAUCACAAAGAGGCCGGAUCAGUCGUUGCAGUGAACCAGAUGAUCGCACUGCUUUUGAUGCCACUGGUAGCUUUCUCCGGAUAUUUCAUCGGGUUGCGCGUCAUGCUAGUGGUCAUCUCUUUGCUACCAUUUUUCGGUACUUUGGCACUGCUGGCCGCGCCUUCAUUGCUUCUCGAAACAGGUCUCCUGGCCAUUGCUACUGCGGCUACAGUCAUGCCGGUGUUACCGCUGGUACUGGUCCCGGCCAACAGCCGAUCUUGUGGCAAGUCCUUCGGCCUGCUCGAUUCCCUCUACGGUUUGGGCCAGGCCACCGUUACGGUUGCGAUCGGUGCCUUGCGCGAGGAGGGGGGCUUUGAAGCAGCCUUGCCGUUUCUCGCAGCUGCGUUUGCCUCCGCAGCCCUGCUUUCUGUGUGGGUUGCACAUGUCGUCCGGGUGUGA